AUGAGAAGCAUGUCCUCACCAAAGCACGGCCAAUCCUCGUCUAAUGAUGUUUUUGGCUUCGAGUUUAUCAACAUUGAUGAACCCGAAAACCAUGAAGUCGGUUCUAAUAUUCAUUCAGCGUCUCAGAUGGGACGAGGGGACGUCAAGUCGUUUGCUGAUCUGACGGCCGCCGUCUACCCGCCAGAUCCCCAGUACGAUAUUUCAGAAAGGCCGUGGCUACCGGGGCCGCAGAAGGCCUAUCUUCUGACCAAUGCCAAAUUAGUUGACCCUCGAGCAGGCGUGGUACGCCCAAACAUGACAUUGCAGCUCGCAGGAGGCAAAGUUAUCCGUGUCUCGCCGACAACCGCCAGAGAUAUGUCUUCUGAGGUCUAUCAUGCUGGAAAGAAAGUUGAGAAGAUCGAUGCAAGCGGUUACUUUGUCUGUCCUGGUCUGAUUGAUUGUCAUGUGCAUUUAAUGGCUGUUCAUGGAAGCGCUACUCUUCAUGGCGCAUUCACAUUCCCACAUGAGACGGCGAUUUUCAGGUCGGCAGGGACGCUGAGGGGCAUACUUUCGAAUGGAUUCACCACGGUACGGGACACGGGUGGCGCCACCAUUGCGCACGCCAAAGCGACUGAAGAAUUUCUGAUUCCCGGUCCUCGCGUCUUUCAGGGAGGACGGAUGCUGUCUCAAACAGGCGGGCACGGCGACGACACUGAGGUCUGGACAGACGGACAUUGUUGCCAGGGUUCCGGAAUUGCUUCUUCCGCGCUGGGCCGCUUGUGCGACGGCGUACCCGAUUGCCUGAGAGCUGCCAGAGACAAUAUGAGAAAAGGCGCAAAUCACAUCAAGGUAUGCACAUCUGGCGGCAUCGCGUCCGCCACGGACAAACUCGAGUCGCUGCAGUUUACUGUUGAGGAGCUUCAAGCCAUCACUACAGUGACGAAAAACAUGGGAGGAACUCUGGUCACGGCGCACUGUUACACGGCCGAGGGUAUUCGCCAUGCGAUUGCCGGUGGCGUCGGGGGUAUCGAACAUGGAAAUAUGCUCGACCCCGAGACUGCCCAAAUCAUGGCUGAAAAAGGCGUCUUCCUGACCCCGACACUUGCCCUUCACACCUUUGUGACUAUGCCACCGUACGACAAGUUUGAGACGCCAGAGGGAUUGCGCAAGAAUGCCAUUGUGGGUGAUGCAGGCAUUCGCGCGAUUCGCUACGCAGAGGAGGCCGGCGUAUGCGUGUGCUAUGGAACCGAUACAACUGGACCGACGUUGGUGAUGCAGACAUAUGAGUUCGUGGUGCGUGCCAAACUGCUCCCCAGCCCCGUCGUCUUGCGCCAGGCUACAAUCAAUGGGGCCAAGCAGGUGGGAAUGGAGGGUAAAUUGGGGGAGCUCAUCGAGGGCGCAUAUGCCGACCUUUUAUUCUUGAAAGAAAAUCCUUUAGAGGACGUGUCCAGCCUAGAUAGGACCAACGAAAACUUGAUGUUGGUGAUGAAAGAUGGGCGCAUUGUUAAAAGUCGCAUUGGUGGUUUGGCUACAGAAAGGAACUGCGAAUGGAAUUAG